AUGUCCAAAGCGAAUCAACUGGGCUUGCCUAGGAACGUUAGGAAUAGGGAAGCGGAGACCGAUGAGUCUCGCUCCACAGCAACGGUUCUGGCUAGCGAUAUCUUAUUUAAUUUGGGAAAAACAAGAGUCUCAACCAGAAGAGCCGUGUGGUUGAUGAUCGAGAAUAUUCCGGAAACGGAGGACACAUUUGCACUUGGAUAUGAGAAUGGUGAUAUCGUGCGGUGGAUAGAUUACGAUUCUAAGUACCUUGAGAGUGAUCCCGAUCUUCUGCCCUUGGAUGAAUUGCUCGAGUGCGAAACGUGCUCUAAUCUUGAGCUAGCUAAGGUGCUACAGCACAGACCACGAGCUGAAGUCAUUGAGGACUUUAACGAGCCCCGGAACGAUUGUCUCUCCGUUGUGGCUGGCGAAGUGAUCUACCUCUUAUACAACUUCGAUCAUAGUCGUUUUAUGGCAAUGAACAAGAGUUUCAAACGCGGAUUGGUGCCUAGGAGGCCCGGUGAUCUCUCACGUUAUCAGGACAUGAGUACACUGCCCACGACUGUACCCGUAGCCUCAGUGUACAGUGCAAGCGGUGGAGCGCUUGAUUCGAAGUUGGGCUAUGUUAGAAUUGGCGUGGACUAG